AUGGCCCCGGCCCUUCCCCUCUGCCGGCCGAGGCCGCCCCGGCCCCGUCCCCGGUUGUCCCGGCGCGGUCUCGCCCUCGCCCGGCUCCCGGCGCGCCGGCUGUGGCGCUGCUGGGCGCUCCUGUGGGGCUGGCUGUGGGACGGGCUCGGCCUCGCCGCCCCUUGGCUCCGCCUGGCUCGAGCCCGGCGCCUGCCGGGGCCGGCGGGGGACGCGGGCGCCGCGGCCGCUGCCGCCUCCUCGGCGGCUUCCCCGGCCAGAGCUCCGCCGCUCGCCAGCCCGGCCGCCGGCAGCGAGCCGCCGCUGCCCGCUGCGGCUGGGGAAGCCCGGCCCGGGCCGCUUGAGGGGCGCUCGGGGGCCGGGCCGGGCCCCGGCCCGAACGCUCCCGGCCACGUCUCGCCCGCACGGAAGGCCAAGGAGCCGCUGCACGAGCGCUACCGGCUGGAGUCGCUGCUGGGCAGCGGCGGCUUCGGCCGCGUCUACGCGGGGACCUGCCUGGCGGACGGAGCCCCGGUGGCCAUCAAAGCCGUGUCCCGGGAUGGCAUCCGGCGCUGGGGCGAGCUGCCUGACGGCACCCGGGCACCCCUGGAGAUCGUGUUGCUGAGCAAGGUGUCCACUGGCUUUCCCGGUGUCAUCCAGUUCCUGGAGUGGUUCGAGCUCCCCAACGGAUUCUUCAUGGUGAUGGAGCAUCCGGAGCCGUCUCAGGACCUCUCACGCUUAAUCACGGCGUGGGGGUUCCUGCCGGAGGAGAUGGCGUGGGGGCUGUUCUGCCAGGUGCUGCAGGCCGUGCGGCACUGCACCAGCUGCGGCGUCCUGCACCGGGAUAUCAAGCCCCAGAACAUCCUCCUCCACCUGGCCACCGGCGAGGCCAAGCUCCUCGACUUUGGAUGUGGCACCUUCCUCCAGGACACGGCCUACACCCAGUUUGCAGGAACACUGUCAUACAGCCCGCCAGAGUGGAUCUACCUCAAACGAUACCACGGCGAGGCAGCAACGAUCUGGUCCCUGGGCAUCCUGCUCUACCAGAUGGUCUGCGGGAAGCACCCGUUCUGCAAAGGAACCGACACCAUCUGGGACCAGCUCCUGUUCCCACCACGGGUCUCUCAAGGCUGCCAGCACCUGAUCAGGUGGUGUUUGUCCCUCCGCCCCUCGGACAGACCAUCAUUAGAAGACCUCUUGUGCCAUCCUUGGGUGAAGGGCAUUCACCGGCCCUAGAAGACGGGAGAGAUCUACGUGCUCACUUUGAUCCAGCAGCCUGGCAAACAGCUGGGGCCCUCGGCAGAACGCUGACAGCCUGGUCUGGCCCCCAGGGAAGGAGAAGGGGCCUCUGGAGAAGCUGUGCCGGGUGGGCCUGCUGCUGGAGACAUCGAGGACGACGUGAAGGAUGACAAGCUCUUAGUUGAGCUGGACACUGGGGAGCUGAAGAUGAUGGACGCUGAUUGUGGCCCCUUCCUCCAAGACGUGCUCCCCACGCCGUUUGCAGAUGAGUCCACACCCAGGGGGUGCUCCCGGAGGCGGGCAUUGCUCAGCCUGGCUGGGCACCGAAGGUUCCCCCCUUUGCUGGCGGGGAACCUGAGGAAUUCUUCAGCCGGCUGCCAAGCUGCUUCUUGGCAGA